GUUUCCUCUCUUUCGGUAAGACUUUAAACGCCAUUCACUUCUUCAGCUGUUAUUCCUUUCCUGUCUUCCUUCCUCAGGCGCAUUCCCCCGCAGGCGCUUACCUCAACGCCCUGCUACUACGCGAGAGGCGGUAGGGGCCGCGCGGCGCACUCGGCGUGACGACACAUUCGAGUCCCCGCCCGGCAUACGUCAUUUCCGGAACGCUUCCUUCGCGGAGCCUUGUGGGUGACCGGCCGGGGUCUCCUGGCGACGACGAUGGCGGGGGAUGUGGGCGGUCGCAGUUGCACGGACUCGGAGCUGCUGUUGCACCCGGAGCUGCUGUCCCAGGAGUUCCUUCUUCUCACUCUGGAGCAGGUAGGCCGCUCUGGGGCGGAGGACGAGAGGGUGGGCCUGCCAGGGAGAGGCGCUUUUUUGUUAUUGUUUAUUUUAACUUUGAAUUCCAGUGAAUGGGUUUGCCUUUCCAGAUUGUGUUUUUCAGGAGUCUGUUUCUUUGGUUUCAGGAAUACCGCUGUAGACGGGGUAAGAAAAAGACCCCUUAUUGUAUUUGAUGGAAGUUCAACAAGUACAACCAUAAAAGUGAAAAAGACAGAGAAUGGAGAUAAUGAUCGACUGAAGCCUCCCCCUCAGAACCAUGACUUAACGCAUAGGAAAAGUCCUUCGGACCCUGUGAAGCUGCCACCAUUGUCCCCUGGUGGAACUACUUCAGUGAAGUUAAAGCGAGCUGCUCCUAAAGAAGAAGCAGAGGCCGUGGUAAGUACUGGGUGGCUCCCAUACUAGU